CAACAUGCUGGAGAAGACGGAGCGGCUGGUCACCGUGAACGCCGUCUACCGCUGGCCGCUGCGGGUCGUGAGAGAACACUACCUGCGGCCCUGCGUGCCCUGCAGCAGCGCGCUGUGCUCCCAGCCCGAGCGCUGCCGCAACGUGGGCAAACUCUUACCUGCGGGGGUGACCCAUUACAUGGUCCCAGACAGCUCCGUUUUCCAUUACUUUGACAUCUUGGAAAUGCCCGAAUUGAAGGGAGUCAUUUGGUUGCAGACGGUGACUGACGCUCUGCGUUCGGAAAGAGGGUGGAGGUACUAUAACAAGCUGCGGAGCCUCCUCAAGGACCCGAGCCACGAGUGUGUACUCUUCGCAAACGAGUACCAUGCUUCAUGCUACCACAGACCAGAGGACGGCAGAUCGGUGAAAUUCUGGCAGUGUGAGGGCUCCUGUGUGCUUUGUUCCAGGAUGAUCUACGCCGCGGCUUUGUGGUAUUAUAAGCACUGCGGGGAGAAGAUGCCCAUCGUCAUCGUGGCAGACGAAGAUUCCAUAAAGAGAUUCAAAGUGAAGAGCGAAGGAGUAUCUGUCAUGACGUUCAAGGAGUAUUUGAAAAAGUUCUAUUCGGAUCUGGAGGCUGCCCACAGCUCCUGUGACUUCACUGAUGAAGCCCUGUAUGAAGAAAAGCUGGAGCGCUUGGAAGCCUCAGGACUUAAUUACAACCACUAUCUCCCCCCGGACGUUCUAGAAGCUGGGCUACAGUCUGGCCGCUACGUGGAGGGAAUAUUGUGUGUGAAUAGACAAACAAAAGCGGAAGCAUUUGUCCGCGUGCAGGACACAGACCAGAGGGAAGAAGAUUAUGAAAUCCUAAUCAACGGGAUGAAUCCCCGGAACCGCGCGCUCCACGGAGACCGGGUAGCCGUGAAGCUGUUCCCUGAAUCCCUCUGGAAGAGGAGAAUGGCCACAGGUCGCGAGGCCGGCGAGUAUAUGCCCACAGGACAUGUGGUGGGCAUUACUCAGAAACACAAGCGCAAUUAUAUAGUAACCUUUCCAUCAAAGGAGGAUAUACAGUAUUACAGCAGGAAAACGAAGAAAUACGUUGCUGUGCCAUGGGACUGUAGGAUCCCCAGAAUUCAAAUUCACAGGAAACAGGCUGAAAAGUACCAGUGUUGCAAAGCAGUCGUCCACAUUGAUUCCUGGGACGUGGGUUCGAGGUAUCCGGACGGACACGUCGUCGGGACACUGGGAACAAGUAGAGACCUGGAAGGGGAAAUGAAGUCUCUGCUCGUGGAGCACGACAUCUCCGAGCGGCCCUUCUCUGAAGCCCAGAUGGGCGAGUUGCCGGUGAACACCCCAGAGGAGCCUUGGAGCGUGGACCCCGAAGAACAAGACCGCAGAGAUCUAAGGCAAACGAAUCUCGUGUUCACUAUUGACCCAAGAGGGUGUGAGGAUGUGGACGACGCGCUGUCCGUGCGCACUCUGAGCAGCGGCAACCUGGAGCUGGGCGUUCACAUAGCAGAUGUAACCCACUUUGUGAAGCCGAAAUCUUGCCUGGAUAACGAAGCUAGGGCUAGGGCCACAACGUACUACCUGCCCGACCGGCGCUAUGACAUGCUGCCCUCCGUCCUUAGCUCCAAUGUGUGCUCUUUGCUGCGCGGCGUUGACAGAUACGCUAUGAGUGUCAUCUGGGAACUGCAUAGGACCACCUACGAGAUUAAGAGUGUGUGGUAUGGAAGGUCAAUUAUCCAUUCCACAUACCAACUCUCCUACGAAGCAGCUCAGGAGCUCCUCGAUGGGAACUUGGGCAUCACAAAUGACAUGAAGGAAUUCCAAGAUAUGGACAAAAAGGAGAAAGAAGACAGGCUGCAGGAACUAACAUGGGCGAUUGAAAAGUUGGCAGACAUAGCCAGCCACUUCCGGGCGCAGCGAGGUCUCGAUGGUGCCUUAGAUCUGGACGGCAUUGAAAUCGGUGUGCUGUUCGAUGAAGAGAGGAACAUUCUCGACCUCGUCCCCCGGCAGCAACGUACAGUCCAUCGGAUGGUGGCAGAGUGUAUGAUACUCGCCAACCACUGGGUGGCCAGGAAAAUCUACGAAAGCUUCCCCAGGCAGGCCCUGCUGCGCCGGCACCCGCCUCCACGCCAGAACCUCUUCUCGGAGCUCAAGCAGAGCGCCCAGGCCGGAGGGUUCUACAUUGAUACGAGCUCUAACAGGUCCCUGGCGCUUUCCCUGGAUAAUGCGCACGACGUUUCGGACCCAAUAGUCAACAAGCUGCUGCGGAACAUGGCGACGCUGGCCAUGUCCAACGCACUCUACUUCUCGACAGGCUCCUGCAGGGAGCACGAGUUCCACCAUUAUGCACUUGGCCUGGACAAAUAUACUCACUUUACCUCACCAAUAAGGAGAUAUGCCGAUAUCAUAGUACAUCGAUUACUGAGUGCAGCUAUUGCAAGAGACAAACCGGAAAUGGAGCUGAAUUUGUUAAGUGAACGAAGUCUCGAAGAGCUGUGUGAUCAUAUCAACGAACGACACAGGGCUGCGAAACUGUGCCAAAGGCAGGCAACGGAACUCUUCCAGUGCCGUUUCUUCCGAGACAAAGAUGCAGACAGAGACGAGCGCUGCGUCGCCGACGGGAUCAUCUAUGGCUUCCGGGACACCGCUGUGCAGCUCUACAUCCCAAGGUAUGGGAUUAAAGGAACCGCACAUCUGAAAACCAAAGAUGGCUGUGUCCUCCAUUUGGGGCCCAAUGGUGAAAACCUUGGCGUCUGGGCCCCAGGAGCACCCAGGCGAUGGUACAAGAGGACAGACCGUGUCACAUCCAGCGGGCAAGGCGUCGCUUUCCGCAUGUUCGAGCAUGUUACGGUGAAAAUAUCUGCACAAGUAAAACCGUAUCAUCCCAAUCACCUACACCUGGAAAUCAUAAGCAAGAAAGCCUACGUGGACCCAGAGGCAAGGCAUACUCCCCAAAGCUCCCCAUCACCCACGAGAGAGUUAGUGGGGGGAAACACUCAGUGUGCCGAAGACAGCAAAGAAAAUCUCCCUGAGGAAUACCGGCAGUUUCGGCAGACAGAGGGAGAGAGCCUCUACACUCUCCUGGAAGAGAUGAAGAAUCGAGCGAUCCAGGACCUUUCGAGCCAUCUUGGAAUUCUAUGA